AUGAAACAGUGCCAGUCUCCUCAGUACGACACAGCCAGCCCUCCCGACAAGUGCCAGUCCCCUCAUGAACAGUGCCAGUCUCCCUCAGUACGACACAGUGCUGCCUCCCCUCAGUACGACACAGUGCCAGUCUCCCUCAAUGAAACAGUGCCAGUCUCCCUCAGCACGACACAGUGCCAGUCUCCCCUCAUACGACACAGUGCCAUCUCCCUCAGUACGACAGUGCCAGUCUCCUCAACGACACAGUGCCAGUCUCCCCUCAGUACGACACAGUGCCAGUCUCCCUCAGUACGACACAGUGCCAGUCUCCUCCGCAUGACACAGUGCCAGUUCCUCAAUGAAACAGUGCCAGCCUCCCUCAAUGAAACAGCGUCUCCUCCGUACGACACAGUGCCAGUCUCCUCCGUACGACACAGUGCCAGUUCCCUCAGUACGACACAGUGCCAGCCCCUCAAUGAAACAGUGCCAGUCUCCUCCUGCCAGUCUCUCAGUACGACACAGUGCCAGUCUCCUCAGUACGACACAGUGCCAGCCUCCUCUGUACGACAUACAGUGCCAGUCUCCCUCAGUACGACACAGUGCCAGUCUCUCCGUACGACACAGUGCCAGUCUCCCUCAGUACGACAUAAGUGCCAGUUCCCCUCAGUACGACACAGUGCCAGCCCCCUCAGUACGACACAGUGCCAGUCUCCCUCCGUACGACACAGUGCCAGCCUCCCUCCGUACAACACAGUGCCAGUCUCCCUCAGUACGACACAGUGCCAGUCUCCUCCGUACGACACAGUGCCAGUCUCCCCUCAGUAUGACCAGUGCCAGUCUCCCUCAGUACGACACAGUGCCAGUCUCCCUCAGUACGACACAGUGCCAGUCUCCCUCAGUACGACACAGUGCCAGCCUCUCAUGAAACAGUGCCAGUCUCCUCCGUACGACACAGUGCCAGUCUCCCUCAGUACGACACAGUGCCAGUCUCCUCCUGCCAGUCUCCUCCGUACGACACAGUGCCAGUCUCUCCGUACGACACAGUGCCAGUCUCCUCAGUACGACACAGCCACCCUCCGUACGACACAGUGCCAGCCUCCCUCAGUACGACACAGUGCCAGUCUCCCCUCAGUACGACACAGUGCCAGCCUCCUCAAUGAACAGUGCCAGUCUCCUCCGUACGACACAGUGCCAGUCUCCUCCGUACGACAGUGCCAGCCCCUCAGUACGACACAGUGCCAGUCUCCUCCGUACGACACAGUGCCAGCCUCAAUGAAACAGUGCCAGUCUCUCCGUACGACACAGUGCAGUUCCUCCGUCACGACACAGUGCCAGUCUCCCUCAGUGAAACAGUGCCAGUUCCCCAGUACGACACAGUGCCAGCCUCCUCAAUGA